GAAAGCUAAAAACAUUUCAUGUAAUUCACAUUAUUCAUUUUAUUGGCUAAUGUCGAAGCUAAUCUUCUUAAUUCUCGCCAUUCUUUUCUCUCUUCAAUUCGUUUUCUACCCUUUAAAUUUCAUCUCUUCUUCUUCUCAACCUCGAUCUCUGAUCAAAUUCUCUGUUUCACCCGUCGGAUCCGGAUUCGGGUCGGUUCAUGAACCGGAACAAACCGAACUCAAGCACGUCGUUUUCGGAAUCGCCGCCUCUGCGAAAUUCUGGAAACACCGAAGAGACUACGUGAAGCUCUGGUGGAAACGGAACGGUGAAAUGAACGGCGUCGUUUGGUUGGACCAACACAUUGACCAAAACGACAACGUUUCGAACACAUUACCUCCGCUCAGAAUCUCCUCCGACACGUCGAGGUUUAAGUAUCGAUACCCGAAGGGUCUCCGAUCGGCGAUAAGAAUCACGAGAAUCGUCUCGGAGACAGUGAGGCUCUUGAACGGAACAGAGCCUGAGAAAAACGUGAGGUGGAUUGUGAUGGGAGACGACGACACUGUGUUUUUCCCGGAGAAUCUUGUUAAGGUUUUGAGAAAGUACGAUCAUAAUCAGUUUUAUUACAUCGGAAGCUCGUCGGAGAGUCAUAUUCAGAAUCUGAAGUUCUCUUACGGAAUGGCUUAUGGAGGAGGAGGGUUCGCGAUUAGCUAUCCGUUGGCUAAAGCAUUGGAGAAGAUGCAAGAUCGUUGUAUUCAGAGAUAUGCGGAAUUGUACGGCUCCGAUGAUCGGAUUCAUGCUUGUAUGUCAGAACUCGGUGUUCCUUUGACUAAAGAAGUUGGCUUCCAUCAGAUUGAUUUAUAUGGGAAACUUCUAGGCCUGCUAUCGGCCCAUCCUUUGGCUCCGCUAGUCUCGAUCCACCAUUUAGACUUAGUGGAUCCAGUAUUCCCAAACAUGGGCCGAGUCAACGCCAUGAGACGUUUCAUGGUCUCCGCAAAACUGGACUCAGCGAGCCUCGCGCAGCAGUCAAUCUGCUACGACGUGGACCACCGAUGGACCGUGUCUGUCUCGUGGGGUUACACAGUCCAGAUCAUACGUGGCGUGUUGUCAGCUAAAGAGAUGGUGAUCCCCACGCGCACGUUCAUCGACUGGUACAAACAAGCUGACGAGAGAAGCUACGCUUUUAACACGCGUCCUAUCGCCAAGAGCGCGUGUCAGCGUCCGCGAGUGUAUUACCUAUCCAACGCGCUUCCGGAUUUGGCUUUGCAUAGAACUGCUAGUGAGUACGUGAGGUAUGACAUGUGGGAGCCUGAAUGUGACUGGGAUAUGUCGGAUCCUUCGGAAAUUGAACGGGUCAUUGUUCAUAAGAAACCCGACCCGGAUAGAUGGAAUAAACAUAGGGCUCCGAGAAGAGAUUGUUGUAGAGUAUUGCCUACGAAGAAGAAUGGGACGAUGGUAAUCGAUGUAGGAGCUUGUAAAGAUGAUGAAUUUGUUGAAUUCCCUGUCAAAUAGAAUUUAUUAUCCUUUUUUAGAUUUUUCUUGUUACCAAUCUACUUAGAGUUUGUUUCACUUCACACAAGUUAGUUAUAGAGAACUGAUAAUUUUUUUGAAAUU